AUGGUGCAACUCACUACCAUUGCCGGCGCUCUAUGUGCAAUUGGUCUCGUGAGCGCCCAAUGCCCGUAUGCGAAUCCUGCCUAUCUGUCGAAAAGAGAAGAGUCGGUCGAUGCUACCAGCAACAGAGAUGGCUCACGAGGCCACAUGCAAGGCUACGAGGUGGACGACUCUUCUGGCUUCCUCACCUCUGACGUUGGCGGCCCUUUCAGCGAUCAGGAAAGCCUAAAGGCGGGCGAUCGGGGCCCGACAUUGCUCGAGGAUUUCAUCUUUCGCCAGAAGAUUACUCACUUUGACCAUGAACGUGCAAGUUCUUCCCCAGGCGACCCCGUCCAUGCCCGCGGCGCCGGCGCAUACGGAACCUUUACAAGCUACGACGACUUUGGCAACAUUACGGCCGCGUCGUUUCUCGGCGCCAAGGGCAAGAAGACGCCCAUGUUUGUUCGCUUUUCGACCGUCUUGGGAUCACGAGGCAGCACGGACACGGCACGAGACAUUCGCGGCUUUGCUACACGAUUCUAUACCGAUGAGGGCAACUUUGACAUUGUCGGGAACAAUGCGCCAGUCUUUUUCAUCCAGGACGCCAUCCAGUUCCCCGACCUCGUUCACGCUCUGAAGCCCGAGUCCAAGAAUGAGAUUCCGCAGGCGUCCACUGCACACGAUACUGCCUGGGACUUUUUCAGCCAGCAGACAACGGCGCUGCAUGCCGUCUUUUGGGCCUUGUCUGGCCAUGGUGUUCCGAGGAGCUUUCGACACAUGGAUGGCUUUGGCGUUCAUACAUACCGUCUUGUGACGGAAAAGGGUGAUUCAAAGCUGGUCAAAUGGCACUGGCGAUCGAAGCAGGGCCUGGCAUCGCUCUACCAGGAAGAGUCGCAGCACAUCACCGGCAAAGGCGCCGACUUUCACCGACAGGACCUCUACGAUGCCAUCGAGGCCGGAUACUAUCCCGAGUGGGAGCUCAACGUUCAGAUUGUUGAUGAGGACAAGGCACUUGCAUUUGGAUUCGAUUUGCUGGAUCCCACAAAGAUCCUGCCCGAAGAGCUGGCUCCCUUGCACCCUCUCGGCGUGAUGAGACUGGACGCCAACCCAGCCAAUUACUUUGCUGAAACAGAGCAAGUCAUGUUUCAACCUGGACACAUUGUUCGCGGCGUCGAUUUCUCGGAUGAUCCGCUUCUCCAAGGUCGCAUCUUCUCGUACUUGGACACGCAGAUUAACCGCCACGGCGGUCCCAACUUUGAGCAGCUUCCCAUCAAUCGACCGAUUGCACGGGUGCGCAACAACAACCGCGACGGCGCCGGCCAAGUCUUUAUUCACAAAAACGCCGCCCCUUACUCACCAAACACCCUCAACAACGGCUCCCCCCUGCAGGCGGACCAGUCGACCGGCCGCGGCUUCUUCACCGCGCCGGGUCGCCAAGCCCCGGGCCACCUGGGGCGGCGGCGCUCCGCGACCUUUGCCGACCACUGGAGCCAGCCGCGGCUCUUUUACAACUCGCUCAGUAAAGCGGAGCAGCAGAUGCUCAUUGACGUGCUGCGGCUCGAGUUGAGCGUGCUGGUGCAGCCCGGCAUCCGGAAAAACGUCCUCAAGCAGCUCAACAGGAUAAGCCACGACAUUGCGCGGCGCGUGGGCCGGGCGCUCGGCACGGAGGACCCGCCGCUGCCGCCCGACGACCAUUACUACCACGACAACACGACGGCGCACAUGUCGGCGUACGGCGCGGCGCCGCUGCCCACGAUUGCCGGGCUGCGCGUGGGCGUGCUCGUCGACAGCGAGUCCGGCGCGUCGGUCGCGCAGGGCCGGGCGGUCAGGGACGGGCUGCGGGCCGCCAAGGUGUUUGCGAGCACGGUAGGGGAGAGGACGGUCGAGGGCGUGGACAGGACGCUGGCGGCGACGGACGCGACAGUGUUUGACGCGGUGGUUGUGGCGGACGGCACGGCGGCGCUGUUUGAGGCGGGCGCGGGCGCCGCCGCCGCGAGGUCGACGUAUUACCCGCCGGGGCGGCCGGGCCAGAUUGUGACGGACAGCUUCCACUGGGGCAAGCCGGUUGGGUUCUUGGGGACGGGCAAGGAGGCCAUUAACCGGACGGGCAUCAAGGCUGGGCCUGGCGUCUAUGUGGGCAGUGAUGUCGAGUCCAUGGUGAAGAAUGUCAAGGAGGGGCUGGCGACGUUUAAGUUUCUUGACCGUAUCGCUUUGGAUGAGAGCGAGUAG